GGAAGUCUAGCAAAGCCACAUAUCACGAUCGAUGGUCGGAGCGGAAUCGUUUUUCUAACCCCAAUGUUUAGCAGGCAUGAGGUGAAAGAGAAAACAGUCGUCAGAGGCUCUUAACAGCGGGGAAAAAGCUGCCGGUGAUGUCCAGAUCUUAGACGCCGACUGAAACUCCCUCCCAUCAUGGACUCCAAGAAGCCGGGCAUGCUUCGGCAUCUCCGCCAGAAGAUGCUGCCACACCUCCGGCGAGGCAAGACGAGCCCGAGCAAGCAUCUCGUUGAACUCGAACACACCAUGGACCAUCGGAUGAGCUCCUCCGUUCCCGACAUGCGUGACAUGAGGCGGCAGUACGAUACCGUCUCCUCCAGCUUGCAGGUCCAACAGUACACUUCUCCCACCUACAGCAGCCCCUCCACGCCACUUGUCGAGCCUGCUAGAGGCCUGGGAGGAGGGGGGAGUGGCCUGAUGAUGAGAGCAGCUGGUGGAGGAGCCGGGAGGAGUGUGCCUGCAGACUGCACGGAGUGGGCUUCCUCCCAGCAGUCAUUCAGCAGUCUCUGCGUGGAAGAGAAGAGCUCUCCAGAGACAAACUACAGACCUGCCGGGGUCAUGGAGCCCGAUGAGCUGGCCCUGCCGGAGAUGAUGACCGUGUACAGCCCAGACCCCCCCUCUGUGGAAGCGUCCCAAGACAGCGCACAGUCUGAGAUGGGCAACGAGUCCCCGAAUGUGUCGGAGAACAUCAGGGAUCCUCUCGGGUCCUUCCUGCUCACCAUCAACCUGAAGGAAGGACGAAACCUGGUCGUCAGGGACCGCUGUGGUACCAGCGACCCCUAUGUGAAAUUCAAACUGGACGGGAAAACGUUCUACAAAAGCAAAGUGGUUUACAAAGACCUCAACCCAUCAUGGAACGAGACCUUCUCCCUACCUGUGAAGGAUCUGACCCACAAACUGUACAUCAAGGUAUACGACCGUGAUCUGACCACUGAUGACUUCAUGGGCUCCGCCAGUGUCACCCUGGGGGAUCUGGAGAUGGACAAGCUCAACGAGAUGUCUUUGCCCUUGGACGACCCGAACAGCCUGGAGGUGGACAUGGGGGUCGUGCUGGUGGACAUGAGUCUGUCACUCAGAGAUGGAGACAGCAAAAGAGGCAGUCGGUGGCCCCAAAAAAGAAAACGGAGUGUUACGUCGGGAGGCUCUUCUCAGAGCUUUCAUCAGUCGGAGACAGUGAGGAACAGUCAGCUGUGGGCUUCUGUUGUGUCAGUGACUCUGGUCGAGGGUCAGGAACUGCCGCUGGACACUCAGGGAGGUCAGCUCUUUGUUCGCUUCAGACUGGGAGAGCAGAGACACAAAAGCAAGAAUCACUGCAAAGUGUCCAAACCUCAGUGGAGAGAGAGGUUCACCUUUAACCAGUUCGGUGACAGGCCAGAGAACCUGGAGGUGGAGCUCUGGCACAUGGAAGGACGAAGGAACGAGGAGUGUUUGGGAACGUGUGACGUUGACCUGUCCAGGAUACCGUUCAAUCAGAGGCAGCUGUUCACACAGACCCUGGACCAGGGGAGAGGGCGCUUGGUCUUCCUGAUCACACUGAACGAGUGCAGCGGCGUCUCCAUCUCUGACCUCUGUGCCGCACCGCUUGAUGAACCUCAUGAACAACAGAAUCAGCUGGAGAACUAUAGUUUGAAAAGUUCCCUGAAAAAUCUCCGUGAUGUUGGUUUCCUUCAAAUCAAAGUUAUCAAGGCUGCAGAUUUGCUGGCUGCUGAUUUAAACGGCAAGAGUGAUCCCUUCUGUGUGUUGGAGCUGGGGAACGACAGACUGCAGACCCACACGGUCUACAAGAGCCUCAACCCAGAGUGGAAUAAAGUCUAUACAUUCCCUGUCAAAGACAUUCAUGAUGUUCUGGUGGUGACCACCUUUGACGAGGAUGGAGACAAGGCGCCAGACUUCUUGGGAAAAGUUGCCAUUCCUCUGCUCUCGAUCCGCAGGGGACAGCAGAUCGCCUUCCUGCUGAAGAAAGAGGACUUAGGUGGGCUGUCAAAGGGGAGCAUCACUCUGGAGCUGGAGGUUAUUUUUAACCCUGUCAGAGCAGGUAUAAGAACCUUCCAACCAAUGGAGAGAAGAUUCAAGGAGGAUAAUCCCAAGUUUUCCAAAAAGCUGCUGGCCAGGAACGUGCUGCGCGUUCAGACACUGUUCAGGGCUAUCAAGUCGACUUUGCAGUACAUCAAAAGCUGCUUCCAGUGGGAGAGCGUUCAGAGGAGCCUGCUAGCCUUCCUGGUGUUCUUGGUGACGGUGUGGCACUGGGAGUUUUACAUGCUGCCCCUCUUCCUGGUGCUGCUCAUCUCGUGGAACUACUUACAGAUCCGGUCCGGUCGGGUCAGUCAGGACUUGGACAACAUGGAUUUGGGGGAUGAAGAUGAGGAUGAUGAGAAGACUGAUGGUCACUGGGCAUGUGGAACAUCCCAGGAGUCCGAGAGAAGAGGGCUGAUGGAGAAAAUCCACAUGGUCCAAGACACAAUCAUCACCCUUCAGACCCUGCUGGACGAGAUUGCCUGUUUUGGGGAGAGGAUUAAAAACACUUUCAACUGGUCGGUGCCGUUCCUGUCCAGCCUGGCUUUCCUGAUCUUUGUCAUUGCAACACUCCUUACAUACUACGUCCCUGUUCGCUAUGUAGUUUUAAUAUGGGGUAUCAAUAAAUUCACCAAGAAAUUACGGAACCCGUACAGCAUUGACAACAAUGAGGUGCUUGAUUUCCUGACGAGGGUGCCUUCAGAUGUGCAAAAGGUUCACUACAGUGAGAUGAAAGGCAGCAGGAAGAAAUAACUCUUGUAGACCUUCUACUCAAAAACAGUUUCCAGAGGAUCUGCCUGUCUUGGGGUGCGGUAGGUUUGAAUCUUAAUUCACUGUGGUGAUACACAGCUUGGCAUCGCUCGUAUCAACCAGCACCCAAAGACUUUUCUGCCAAAGAAGUCCAGAUUGAGGACCGCGCAGAGAUUACAGAAGAGCAAUAUGUAAUAUUAUUUUGAAAGAUGGAAGGUGUUGUGUUGUUUGUACAGUUUACUCUUUAAUUGCUCCUGUAGCU